AUGUCGCCCUCAAGGGCUUCCUGUUUCCAGUUGCCCCGUCCCAAGUCUUUCCUCGGCUUCUUGUCCCUCCAGACGGGCACCGAGUUGAUAUCGCUUGCGCUCGCCUUUAACAAGGCGGCGGGUAUCUACGGGAUUCUCACGCUGCUCACGGGCUACGCGAUCUCGGCGUUGCAGGUGUCGGCGUACCUUGGCUCAAUCCUCGUCCUGGUGGCGCUUGCCUUCUGCGUCCCGCACAUUCGCACACAGAGCCCCUUCCAUAACCUCGCCCUCGCCUGGCUGUACGUUCUCGACACCAUCGUGAGCGCCGCUUACACAUGCGCCUUCGCGACGAACUGGUACAGCGGCGAAUAUUCGGUCAGCAUCGGGGUAGAUGCCGCCUUACCACAUGACGGGCAAGUAGAGCAGGACGCAAGCCACACAGCACAAAGCAAAGCGCGUUCUGGCGUCCAGGAUACUGCGGCGAGCAUAGUCCUCGUCAUCGGGUUCACGCUUGUUCGCGUCUAUUUCAGCCUCGUGGUCAUGGCGUAUGCCCGGACGGUUCUGCUACGGUUCGUCGAUGAGAACAUGGGGGAAACGGAGCAAGCGGACCCAACGGGCGAGGCUCCGCAUCCUUUCGCCGUGGGCGCUCCGCUUGGCGGUGGUUUAAGGGGCAAGUUGGGAAGGCUCAUGGUCUCAAUUGGGAGAGGGUAUUGGUUAGGAGGCAGGACCGCAGACGAGGAGUGGACACGGGAUGUCAGUUCCAAAUUCAAGGACAGCAGGCAGUGA